AUGGAGGAAUCCUCCCCGGAAGCCUACGAGGCAACCCACGUCCACUCCGUCUACAACGCCAUCGCGCCGCACUUCUCCUCCACCCGCCACAAGCCCUGGCCCUUCAUCUCCUCCUUCUUGUCCUCCCUCCCGCCCGGCUCCGUCGGCCUCGACGUCGGCUGCGGCAACGGCAAGUACCUCCCCGUCAACCCGCGGCUGCACAUCUUCGCCUCCGACCGCAGCGACGCCCUCGUGCGCCUCGCCCGCUCCGAGCAGAAGAAGCUGCUCGCCUCGCCGCCGCAGGUCGUCGUCGCCGACGCGCUGAGCCUGCCGUAUCGCGCGCGGUCGGUCGACUUUGUCAUCUGCGUCGCCGUCAUUCAUCAUCUUUCGACGAGGGAGAGGCGGCAGGAGGGGAUCAGGGCCUUGUUGGACUGUGUUCGCCAAGGCGGACGGGUGUUGGUGUAUGCGUGGGCGCUGGAGCAGAGCUCGAGUCGCAGGGGGUGGGAUGAAGGGUCGGAGCAGGAUGCGCUGGUGCCGUGGGUGAUGCGGUCAAAGGGCAAGCCCGAGGCCACCUUUCAGCGGUAUUAUCAUCUGUAUCGCAAGGGGGAGCUGGAGGAGGAUGUCGAGGCGGCGGGAGGAAAGGUUUUGGAGAGUGGGUAUGAGAAGGAUAACUGCCUGCUCUUCGGCUUCUAUCCCAUGGAUGCCUUAGCCAUCAAUGCCCAAAAUGUUCCCGUCAUCAGUCUCCGUCGAUGA